AUGCCAAGCAGAUCAUCAUCAGCUAAUAUAAAUACAAACAGAACCUUGGUCGGAAUGGAAAGAAUGGAGCGAAAGGCAAUGGGUAGAAAACUGGAUUUAGUUUUUUACCGCCAACUUUUUGAAUACGGAUGUUAUGAAUGUGGUAGAAGAGAGUACCAAGCAAAGAAGCUCCUUCAUGGCUCUAAAAUUGCAAAAGUAUUGAAAGAUAUGCUGUAUUCAUUAUAUCAAAGAACUCCUGGUUCCCUACGUGAAUUAGCCCUUGCUGGACUUUUACUUUUUGUUGGGCGUGUCUGUAGUAUCAGCCAUAAAAGAAAUCUUGAUUUAGCAGAAGAAACAGAUGCUAUUUGUACUGCAUUGUUGCCAAUAUUAGCAGCUGUUUACAAGUCAAUAGUAAUGAUGGAAAACACCAACAAGCUUGCAAAGCAAAAGCUGGUGGAUAUUGACCUUGACCUUGACCUUGACAUUGAUCAGUGCAAGACAAUUUCCUAG